AUCACGCAUUUUACGCAUCUCUAGGAACAACUCUCUGAUAUCGGCAAGUCGGACAAUUUGCGAUAAUUUUAUAUUAUUCUCUUCAUGUAAUCCAAUUCUGAGCAAGACUAAUUUAACGAGGCCAGUGCCACAUAAAAAAGGAACUUGUUUAACAACAGUUAAAUGCUCAAAGUCAAUAAAGGGCAGAGAAAUAUCACAGACAUAGGAUUAGGCCAGGUCACAAUAUGGAUUGCAAUUUGGGCAGCGAAAUUGGACAGAAGAUGCGCAGUGCCGUUAAGGCCAAGCUCCUGGAGCUAGGAACUGGAGGUUCGGCUGGCUUUAUAGACGAUGAAUUGCCCGAUUAUGUGAUGGUAAUGGUAGCCAAUAAGCGAACAAAACAGCAAAUGAAUGCCGAACUAAAUCUAUUUUUGGGAGAUCAGACCGAUUUGUUUGUCACUUGGUUGCAUGAAGUAUUGCAGAAACUGCAGGAAGUCACCCUGCCCGUUGCAAGUGCCAGCAAUAAAAAAUCACGUAAAUCCCGGCUUUCCGAAACAUCAGCUAGUAAAGUUGCCGUUGUCAAAGAAAAGGAAAAAGACAAAAAAUUUUCAAAAAAGGACAGAAGGCCAUCGCAUCGCAAAUCUAUUGGAGAUGAGCAGCAUGAUGGUGGAACUGGUGGAAGUAGUGAGGCCAUGGCUACCGUCAUUAGUGGUGGUGGCUCCAUAACCGAUGUCUUCGCUGAGGAACUACUGGAGAAGGCCAAAAAGUCAUUGGAUGCCGAUCAUACAGCUAAAGAUGAAAUUAUACUAAACAAAAAGAAGAAUAACAAACGUAAGUCAGGAGAAGGACAAGACUUUGAUAUACCAACUAUAUCGGAAAUUAGUUCCACGACAAGCGCUCCAACCACGACAGCAGGCAAUCGUGAGAAGGAUUUAGCUGAAUUGGCAGCCAUACAAAAGAAAAUUGAGGCGGCCAAAAAACAUUUGCGUAAAAUUGGAGAAAUCGAUGUAUACUCAGACGACGAUGAAGAGGCUGAGGAAGCGGAGGAAGAAGAAAUGGAAGAUGAACAGCCACAUGAGAAGGAGGAAGAGGGGCCGAAGCUAAAGACCAUAGAAUCAGAAUCUGGUGUGCAUGAUGACGAUCUUUUAAAUCUAAAUGCUCACGAAGAAUCAUCGUUAGAGUCAAGUCUUAAAGAGGCCUCAAUACAGCGCAAAGCCAAAUCGCCCAUUGUCUUCAAUCGACGUGAGAAAUCUCCCCGAGAAGCUACGCCACCAGGCAAAGAUGAACGUCAAGAACAGCGUCGUUCUGUCCAUGAACGUUUAGGCUCGAAAGCGAAAGCAGAGAUGUCAUCAUCAUCCGUUCCGGACCGAGAGCGCUCUCAAAGAACGCAAAAGGAGCUGUAUGUGCCAGCACAUAGACGACGCAGCGAACCAGAGACACGUAGUCAACGAGAACGCUCGCGGUCUCGGUCCCAUGAUCGUAGGCCAAGUCGCAACGAUAAUACACGAGAAUCGAACCGCAAUUCAGCACGUCAGCGGCGAUCUAGUCCCAGUCCAGAGAUCCCUCAAGCCAAACAACGUAUUGGCUCACGUGUUAUCGUAGCCGUACACAAAUCUCCGGAGCCCUCGGAUGAUGAGGAUUUAUUAGAGAAGCCAGUUAAUUCAGUAAUCAAGAUAAAACCACGUCCCCAUGUCUCGCCCAGGAGGCAGGCGAGUAAGAAUCUCUUGCUGCGAGCUGUUGCCGAAGCACAGAGAUCCACGAUACUAGCAAAAUCAAUUACUACCUCGUCUGCUGGAUCGAAAUUAUCCGCCCCCAGGCAUAAAGAUGCAGAUGAUUUGGAGAUGAUUAGUUCCACAUUGGGCAAGCGUAAGCUGAUAGAAAAAUCAAUAGAAUCUAGAGAUAAAAUACGGGGAUCAAAGCGAAGUAUUGCUCCGGCAAAUAAUGAGCUUUUUAGACGAAGCACGCGAGAUUUGGUGGUCAAUGUUAUUGGAAAACGGAAAAAAAGAUCAGAGGUUGAACAGCAGCAAGAGCCAAAUGAAGAAGAGGAGGACGACGAGGAGCAUAAAGUGAUUGAGGAAUAUGUGCCAAUCGAGUCCAAUGAAAAACUAAAUUUUGAGGCCUACGUGCCGGAACAGAUUGAUAUGCACAUCAGUUCACAUAGUGCAGCGAAAACCCAGUUUGUGGUCACACUGAAUGGAGAGCAUUCGUAUCGCAACAAAGGCACAAAAGCCUCUUCGCCUCAAGUGCCACAAAUGGCAUCAUGUAUGGAGCCGACAGUGUCUUCAUCGUCUUCCAGGAGGCUAAAAUCUGGGCGAGGUCGCAGUUCCUCGCCAUCACCAACAUCCAGUAAUACACCGCCACCUUCAUCCCAUAUGGGCUCCCGCAGUUUGAAUCGCAGUGAAGUAAUUAGACAGUCACAGGAGAUCAAGAAGAUUAUUAUCAAAAAUAAUGUUGAUACAGAUGAGGAUGAUGAACUGCAUCAUCGGUCACCAAAGAAAAAUGGUCACAAAGACAUUAACAAAUCAACAAAAUCUCACACAGAGGAACGUUCCACCACGCCUCCACUGCCAGUCAGAUCGAAAACUUCUCGACCAGAAAAACGUGCUACUAACAGUGGCAACAAAGAUCAAAAGCCCAGCCAAAGCUCAGGUUCUGAGCCUGGGUCUGGUUCAGUGGAAACCACUGGGCACUUAGUGAAUAGCCACAAUGAGGUAACACCAAGCCAAGUUAAGGCCAAGCAUACACCCAUACGUUUUACCCUAAAGCCCGAUGGCGAACCAGACCAUAAAAAGAGACGCUCUCGAAGCGUGGAACAAGAAGUGGCCAUCGAGAGACGCAAGAUACCCAUACGCCAUGCUGAGGAUAGAAAAUAUGACAAUCUGCCAACACUGAGCGCUGUCAGCGUGGAUUCGGCCGUGUUGAAGGUGUCGUCAAAGCAGCAACAACAAUUGCCAGCAAAGGAACGCUGUAAAUAUCAUCCAAAUUGCACAAAACAAUUCUGUGAAUAUUAUCAUCCAACGGCGCCAUGCAAAACAUUUCCCAAUUGCAAGUUUGCCGAUAAAUGCAUGUAUUCGCAUCCAAAGUGCAAAUAUGAUAUGUCGUGCAUGAGCAUCGAUUGCAAUUUCGCGCACAGCGGUGUUAGAGAUCUCAGUCAUGGCCAUCAACUAAUGGCCCCGCCAUUAUCUUCUCAUGUCAUACCCGUGCAAAACUACAAAUCAAUAUCGGCUCCAGUGACAACAACGACAGCAACAACCAUGUGUAAAUUUUAUCCAAAUUGCACCAAAGUCGGUUGCACGUUCCAUCAUCCCAAGCUGUGUCGCUUUGGCAAGAAUUGUGUUAAUAAAUUGGAGUGCGUAUUUUAUCAUCCCGAGAUGCAAAGCAAAUUUAAAUGGGUUGCCUCCAUGGGCUGAACGUGGAUGGAUAAGAAGGACAACUCACACAGACAGAGAAGCAGACUCGCAUGUUUUAACAAUAAUCUAGCAAAUGUCAUAUUAUAUUAUAUAAUUACUCUCUCUUUCUCUCACUUCUCCCUGUAACUCACAACAACUAUCCACAGCAUUAUCUAUUAUGGCAAGUCGGUCAUCUGAAUCAUGCAAAACUCAUGUCAUGUCUAUACCCUAGACCAACUGUAUCUAAAAAAAGGGACGUAUCAUUGGGAAAUAUAUUCUUAAUCUGUAUCUCCCAGUCCGAUUUACUGAUUUACUAUCUUAACAAAGUUUAUAUAACAAUUUCUAAUUUAUUGAAGCAAUAAUUAAAUUUUGUCUCUACUUAGGGUUUCAUUUAACAGUUCCCUAAGAUCGGAUCGAAGAAAUUGUAUAUAUAUAUAUAUAAAUAUAUAUAUAUAUAUAUAUAUUUGUGAAAGCAGUGGCCGAAUAAGGUCAGUACCCUUAUUGGCUUAGGGUAUUUUUGAUGUCGGCGAGCCGACUGAACAUUUAGAAUUUCAAUUAUUUCUCUCUUCAGUGGCUUUACGUUUACGUAAUUGACAAAAGAAAAAAAAUAUUUAAAACCAAAAUUGCUUUUACUAAUUAAUUAUAAUUUUGUAUUAGACAUUAGCAUCAGAUUUCUUGAAUGGUUACAAUAAAUUGUUGUUCAAUUGGAGAAUAAAACAAAAACCUCAAGAAUAAAAUGGAAAAAAAAGUCUGCAAAUAAAAAUUAUAAAUAUAUUUGCUCGAUAUUUAGUCGAUAUUUAAUUUUUUUAUUUUAUUGUAUGUAGAUUAGAGUUAUAGAAUAAAUUAUGGUUCAAAUUA